GGAUAUAACCCUAGUGAUGAUCAGAACUGGUUUCUGCCUACUAGAGCUUCGAUCGAUUACAUGCAUGGAUUGAACAACGAGAACACUAAGAUUACGCGCCAUGCAGUAAACCUGUCCAAGAUCAGAUACAUUCCAGAGAAAGUUCCGAAGGAGAUUUAACAGGAACAAUGUCUUAAAGACAUUGAUCUGUCAUGAAAAGAUCUUCUCAAGGUUCCUUGAUCCCUCCCGGAAGCUUAUCUCAGUGGACUAUAUGCUUAAUGUCCUUAAUGCAGCCUCUGUAGGAGCCAUCGGCAUGUUUCUGAAGUGAAUGGAAAGAAUCGACACUCUUUUGUUCAAGAAACCAUCUAAGAUUAAAGAUGAGUACUGUAUUGAGAAAGGACUUGAGAAUGAAGAUAUGAGACGGCAACUCAAGUGAUCACUGAAUAAAACUCUCAAGUAUCAGUGGAUCAAGAGUGAAAAAUCUAAGGAUGAUGGAGGUAUUUCAGACUGAAGUUUGAGCGAUAGUGAUAAGGAAAAUGACCCAAAAAAUGGAAUAAAAGAGAAUAAAAAAUCCAAACACAAGCUUUGGGAAAAAUCUAUUUUAAUCACAAUCGAUUGGGUAUAUGGACUGGAUAAAUAUUACUCUGAAGCCAAUCAUAAAAAUGCUCCAAUUUUGUCCAAAGAAAAAUUUGAAAUGCACCUUGCUAAAGCCAGAUUUAUUAUUAACUUCCCAGAACAAUGGCUCGGAUACAUCACAAAGGGUUGUGGAACUGUCCCUUAUGAGAAAUAUGCAGAUUUCGAUGGUUUCAAUCUCCACUCCAUCGAAAAAGGUCCUAAAUUCGACGAAAUUUCUCGCUUUAUUAAAAAGUACCCUUCUGCUACUACUUACGCUCCAAGUAGGUACACUGGCUCUCUACAGCACACCGAUCGAGAUAUGUCAUACUCUCAUCAGAACCUGGAGUCAGAGACUUCAAAGUCAAAGAAGAAGAGGAGGAAGAAGUCAGAUACCUCUAAAUCUCCAAAGAAAUACAAAAAGUUCAAAUCUGGAAUAUAACUAA